UCUUACUUUAUGUUGUUUGUUUCCAUAGUAACCAUAAUGGCAUUGAAAUAACUUGGCAUUUCUGCACCACUGGUCUUCAAAAAUAAUAACAAAUAUAAAAAUGGCUUUGCCUCCUCCAGAGGAAAAGAAACGAAGGGUGCCACUGUACCCUGGCUUCCCUGAGCUGGCCAGAUCUGAUGUCAGCAUCUACCCAUCAUAUUCCAAAUUGGCAUUAGCAUACCGCGUGGUUUGUCGCCAUCGUUAUCAUUGGGCUAGCGUAGCCCAACGCAAGCAAUUCAUGAGGGAGCUGCACAGCUUUGAGAAACUCCAGCCAAACGCACUGGACGGAGUGAGGGUGCACCGGGAGUUCUCGCAGGGCAUCCUCUCGCACAAAAUACCUCCAAGGCGAUACAUACAGAAGUUAACACCAGACCCUCUGAACUCCCAUGAAAGAAUGAGAGUGGAAGAAAUAAUAAGUGGCAGAGUUAACUUUAGUGAAAAAUAAGGAGCCUUUUGAUUCAUGUGGUAAAUAAAGCAUUUCAGUA